AUGGAUUCAUCUGCUCGUCUAAGACAUUUCCUACAUGAUAACAGACCACUUAUCUUGGAUGGAGGACUGGCAACUGAACUAGAAGCUCAAGGAGCCAAACUACAGGGAGAUCCUCUGUGGAGUGCCAGGCUUUUGCACACAAAUCCUCAGGCCAUAAAAGAUGCUCAUUACAGUUUUCUGUUCAGCGGUGCUGAUGUCAUCACGACAGCAACGUACCAGGCGAGCAUCCAGGGGUUCAUCAACCACCUAAACGUGAGCCCUAAUGACGCCAGAGAGCUCCUGAUGUCUGGGGUUCAUCUGGCUAAAGAGACGGCUGCAAGCUUUGCAUCUGGGGGGAGAAAUCCGUUUGUGGCCGGGUCAGUCGGACCAUAUGGAGCCUUCCUUCACGACUCCUCAGAGUACACUGGAGCUUACGCAGAGGACCUGAGUGUUGAAGAGCUUAAAGUUUGGCAUCGGCCGCAGGUCGACUGCUUAGCUGCAGCAGGAUCUGACCUCAUAGCUUUUGAGACGAUCCCGAGCCUGAAAGAGGCCGAGGCUGUGGUGGAGCUGCUCAGAGAGUUCCCCAACUCAGUCGCAUGGCUGUCUUUCUCCUGUAAGGAUGCGAAGCAUAUUUCAGAUGGCAGCCUGUUCGCCGAUGCUGUGAAGGUCGCCAGCAGGUCGUCCCAGCUGCUGGCUGUAGGAGUCAACUGCUGCCCUCCAGCUGUGGUGGAGCCCCUGUUGGACUCUGCCAGGUCCCUGCUGAGCCCCAACAUGAGCUGGGUGGUGUACCCCAACAGCGGAGAGGAGUGGGACACGGAGCAGGGAUGGCAGACAUCUGGACAGACGUCAGGAUGGAUUUCUGAGUUGAGUCCCACGUGGCUGAAACAGGGUGCUGCUCUGAUAGGUGGAUGCUGCCGCAUCAGUCCUGCUCACAUUUCAGAGUUAAAACAGCAGCUGAAAGGAAGCUGAACUCCUCCAUCAAAAACGAACGACUACUCACACAUGAAGUCAAGCUAUGACUGUAAGGCAACAGAACACCAAGGGGGUGAAAGAACCACAGC